UACGAAAUGUCACUUUCAACAAGUUCGUCAAGUUUGGUCAAGUUAAUAGAUAGAUUAUUUGCCCGGUUCACACGAGUUUCUUGUUUUCCACAAAAUAACAAAUCAUGACGAUCAUAAAAGUAGCAAAUGAGAGUGAGGUGAUCAGUAAGCUAAGUAUGUAUGUGGAGAAAAUAUCGAACGACGCUAUUUACAAUCGAGGGAAGUUUUACAUUGGGUUAUCAGGUGGUUCGGUGCUAAAAUUCCUCUGUGAAGGACUACCGAAGGUCAACACAGUGUGGUCGAAAUGGACCCUGGCGUUCUGCGACGAGCGGGUAGUACCAGAAGAUAACGAGGACUCCACUUUCGGAGUUUACAAGACCGAACUUUUACCUAAGACUGAAUUAAAAGAGGAGCAAUUUGUUGUGUUGAAACAGGGUGUCUCUGCCGAAGAAGCCGCAAAAGACUACACAGAAAAACUAAAAUCAGCCUUUAACAGUGAAGAAUUCAAAUUUGACUUGCUCCUCUUGGGCAUGGGGCCCGAUGGCCACACUUGUUCCCUGUUUCCGGGUCAUCCACUACUGGAAGAAACCAGCUUGAAGGUGGCAGCCAUCACAGACUCUCCAAAACCACCUCCAGCAAGGAUCACAUUGACUUUCCCUGUGAUAAACUCGGCAAGGAAUUGUAUUUUUGCUAUUAGUGGGGCAGGGAAGGCAGCCAUGGUGAAGCGUAUCCUAAAGGAUAAGGAAGACCUGCCUUCAGCUCGCGUGAAGCCGCAAGGCGCCCUGUACUGGAUCGUCGACAACGCCGCCGCCGCACACAUAUGAAUAUGAAUGUUGCUGACCAAUACUAGGCUUGAUGACAUUGCAAUAAGAUUGACAUUAGGUUACAAAAUAAAGAAAUUAGUUUUCUGUACCACUUUGUACCUUGCCAUAGUCACAACUAGCGACCCGCCAUAAAGAAAUUAGUUUUCUGUACCACUUUGUACCUUGCCAUAGUCACAACUAGCGACCCGCCGCCCUGGCUUCGCACGGGUUACACAAAACCUUAACAAAUUAUACACCCAAACCUUCCUCAGGAAUCAUUGUAUUGAUAGGUGAAAACUGCAUGAAAAUCCGUUUAGUUUUUGAAUUUAUCGCGAACAUACAGACGCGGCGGGGGACUUUGUUUUAUAUAAUGUCUAGUGAUCAAUAUGAAAGCCGACAGGGUUCUCUCCUCAUAGUAUUGUCACUGUAGCAAAGUACGUAAAAGCACAGAAAUCAAAUUUAUUGACCAUACUUUGUUCUAAUAUGCUUUUAUUGCAAUACCUCAUUCUUAUUUUGAUACAAUGAUGAGUUUGUGAUGAGAUAAAUAAUGUGAUAAUAUUUUAUAGCCCGAAACUGAAAAAUCAAGAAAAAUCUUAUGAACAAGUGUUAAACAAUUUAUAGACUGACUAUAUAUUUCUCUCAAUAAAAAAAGCUAUACAGCAAACUAAUCUUCGUUGAGUAUCGUGUGUAAAUACAAUAAGCAGCCUAAGACGUUUCAAUUGAAUUGAAUUGUUUAUUUACUCGUCUUAUCCACCUUAUGAUAGCAACUAUGUUUACAGUGUUCUGCCUUUGAUCUUUUAAUAUUGUAGUUAAACUAAAUACUUGUGGUGGAAGGGUGUUUGUGAACUUUUUAUACCGUUGUCAUAUUUUUAGGGCUUUAUACAUUCCUGUUAAAUAUUGUUUUUCAAAUAGAAAUGGUAACAGUU